CAGGAACUUCGUCAAAGAAGCUGUCCGGCUGAGUGGAGAAUUCGUGACAGAUGGCUUUACCGGAAUGGGAAGCAGAAGGCUUUAUCUGGAACGAGGAUUAUUCGCUCUCUCUGGAGGAGUUUACGUUUCGUGAUGUGAGCAAAACUCUUGCGGGAUGCGAUGCAAAUGGGGAAAAGCGCACAGUUAGAAGAGCGAGCGAUUCUGCGAUGUUGGACAAUAGGUGCAACUAUGGUCGUAAAAAUAAAAGAAAAGCUCGGAAAAAGGGUAACAAGCUGAAAAGGCCGGAACGUAUGGAGAAGUUCAAUGAUGAGGCAAACGAUGAGGUCCGUCCAGUCAAAGAGGUUAACAAGCUGGAAAAGCCAGAACAUAAUGGGAGGUUCAGUGACGAGCCGAAUGAUGAGGUCCAUCCCGUCAAAGAGGUUUCUCGUGAGACUCAAUUCGAUGAAUCGUUGAAGCUUGAAAACGUGGGCAAAAUCGAUGAGCAAAAUUGCAAACGACAGCGAUUCAGGAAGUGGAAGCAGCGACGAUUCGAAAAGGGGUCUAGGAGGCUUGAAGAUAACAAUGGACCUUCAUCUUCCUGGACAAAGCCUCAGGUUAACAGGACCGCUGAUAAGUAUCAUAGUCAAAAGGACAAAAACAGCAGCCAGUUUGUUGACAAGGCCGUCAUGGGUGAAGGCGUACAAGAUGCCUCACAGGAUCAGAUUUUCUUCUCUAUAUUUAAUGGAGUAGUUGAAGAAGCACCCAUGAGACCGAUUUGUGAGGAAAAGGGUGAUGGUCAGAUGCUCCAGACAAGGUCCUUGUCUUUCGAAUCAAAGCCACUACUUGAUGUAGAAGACAAGCACGUAUGCGCUACCAAACCUUGCAUCUCUGAGAAGGAUGUCCGAAGGCGUGAUACCGAAGGCAACUGCACACGUUCUCAAACGGCGAAGUUUUCACCGAGUAGAGCAUCAGGUGUAGCAGUCAUAAAGAAACUCCUUGAACUUUCCAUUCGGGAAAGCUGUAAUCCGCCAAAACAGAAAUCAUUGAGAAAGAAAUUCCGCGAUCGAAAAGGAAGGCGAAAUAAUGACGAGGAGAAAAUCAUGCAUAAUAUAACUUCUACAACAGCAGCAGAUCUUGAUUCUAUUGAUGCAAGUCAUUUACCAAGGGAAGAGAAGAUUAACACAGCUGUGUCUUCGAGUAAAUCUCCUGAAGGUGAAGAUGUCAAAGCUGCGUCUGCAGAUGCAGCGUUGAUGCCAGCAAAUCUAAUCACUGAAAGUGACGAUACAGUAAAACCUAAUGUUUUGCCUGAUAUUUUACUGCCACCUGAAGUCGAAGACUCGCACCAUGCUCAUGCUGUCACUGAAAAAGAGACUGACUGCUCGGAAGAGGAUGUGCGCGUUUUUAUGGAGAGCUCAAUGCUUUUUGAGCAUGAUCCACGAAUUAAUCGUGUACUUCGUGUUAUGGCUGAUUUCUUGCAUCCCGAUGGAAGAGGCUUGCAAGGUUUACUCGGUCUCAAUCUCAGUGAUUUUUACCGUCUCUGCUCCUUCUACAGCCAUUCAAAGUUUGAAACUUUGAGUGAACUGGAUUUUUCGAAAGCUGACCCAAAGCAUGUGAAAUCUUUCCUUGAGAAAAUAUUUUGGCUAUGUCGGUCUCUCAUGGUAGGAAUGCUAGCAAAAAGCGCGCUUCUUGCUGAAGACCACUUAGAUUUCAACCACUUGGAUCUCGAUCUUUGCACUUCUGAAGAAAUCAGCGAGCGCAAAGAAAUCGAAAUGCUGUUAGGCUUAGUCCAAGAUCUCCGAGAUAUAUCUGCCAUUCAGUCUAUCGAUGAUGCCGGUUAUUUCACGCAAUUCGAACAAAUCAGAGACGUUGUUGGCGCUUUUGAUUGUCGAGAUAGGCGAAAAUUGAUUCAGCUUGGUGUGGUGGACACCGCAGAAAGAGUAAGCGAGCGUAUUGCUCUCGGGAUGAAUGUAUCGGCUGAUGAAGUGAUGGAACUGUUGCGCGACUCGAUAAGUUCUAACUUUGGCGAGUACACAUGGCUUGUGGAAAGUCAUCCAGAUUUGAUAAGCACCAUGAAUCAUUUUGACUGCAUUAUGGACAGUAUCCCAUCAAUGGCGCGCUGUAUCGACAUCCGUCCAUUACGCUCCACUUUGUCGUUUGUACCCCGUUUUCUCUGCAAGCUCAGCAAUGCAGACCGCGACAGCUGUGUGGCUAAGUAUGUUGGUAAGUACCAAAUAAAGGAGGCUGGCCAAAGCUGGCUGCAGUUGAUUCGAGAUGCAGAGGAUGCGCAGCAGCUCUCUCUCCAAAUCACUACACAAAUUCUUUUUUCUUCUGUUGAUUGUGGAGGUGAAGAGUUUCUUGGGGCUCUAUUAGAGGAUCUUCCACUACAAAAAAAGACAACGGCAAUCCAGAGCAUCAGCUACAUGCCUGAUGCGCUUCGCGCUGCACUUAUUCCAACUGAUGUCCUCACCAAGUGCGGCUUAUAUCAUGCUGUACAACGAAUGGCUGAAGAGAUGCCACUUACUCGAUUCAAAAGUGACGCUGUACCCCUUAUUGAACAACUCUGCAGUUUUUCCACGCUUUCUCCAUCUCGUCUUUUAUCUAAUACGUUUUUUCCCUUGAUGUCUACCUCAUCUAAGGCAAAGGCUGUUGUUGCAAUCGCGUCGCUGGUACAUCACAAAUGCUUCAAAAGUGAAACUGCUGCAGGCACAGGACUGUCAGCCGCUGAUUUGCUGAAAUUCGCUCUGCAUUACUACGAACCAACUUGUGACUCUGUGAGCACUAGUAGAUAUGCAUUUAUUGAGACUGUUUUCCGAGCAGUCAAUACGAUCUUGAGGGAAAAUGAAGACGUACAUGUUGACUUUAGUGCCGUUUUUGCACAUUUUGAGGCCAUCAAGUGGUACCAUAAGUUCGUCAUUCUCAAGUUCUUCUUCGAUACUUCCGUAUGGUCAAAUGUAACGUUUGAGUAUCCUUGGACUGAUAAGGCGAAGGAUGAUGUCGAGUUAUUUUGUGAGAUACCAUGUAUAUUGACGGCUUGGCCAGGCGACAACUCCAGUCUGUUUGAGAGCUUCAUAUGUGAAAACUUCCAGUCAGAGGAUGCUGAAGUAAUCUCGCGCUCACUACUCCUGGCGUUCGAUCGUGGUCCUGGAGGAAAUAGUGAUAGCUUUCAUCUUUUUGCGCGAGUGGUCGAGAAGCUGUCUGUUGACGCUCGUGAUUGGGAAAGGUUCCUUUCGGAGGAGGAAUACAAGUUUCAAAGCGUUUCGUUUGCGCAAGUUUUCGACUGCACUGGCAUAUCUUUCGGCUUCUUUGACGAUGAGGAUGUACCAAGCAAUCCGCAGAUUGUACGAAAUGCUGAUGUGGAGACAAAAACUGACUUGUGUGUAUACUGCAAUGCUUUUAUAAGCGAUUCCAAGGCGCAGUGCCAGUUUGCCACUUCGCACUUACUUGACGACUAUGUAUUUACUGCAGAGGAGAAGACUGACGAAUCCGAAACUCGGCCUUUCAGUUCGAUUAGUAAAUCCACUGUCACUGGUUCACAAACGGAACAGUGCGAUCAUUUUGAAAAUGUGGAAAUUAUUAAAGAAAGAUCCGUUGUCAGUUCCAAUUCUGACGUUGAUAAGUUGCUGGAUGAAAUCAUAGAUAAGGUUGCGGACAUGUGUCCUGCACCAUAUCUGGAACGAGUAUCUUCCAAAAUCUGCCAGCUAUCUGGAUCGAAUGAUAAUUAUGUCACAUCUGUCAGUGGGGAAGGCGAUGCUGAAUACUCUAAAUGUAUCAUCGAAAAUGGUGCUGCUGCAUUGUCAGACCUUCUUCCGUCACAAAUAGGUACUAGUGUAAACGAGAACGCUAAGGACAACUCCAUAUGGACUAUGGAAAGAUCAUGUUUGUCUUUUGAUUGGGAGCAGAGUGAAGGGCCAAAAAAGGAUGAGAUUCUAUUGGACCUGCGCACAUUUACAUGGGCUCUGGACAUAAUAGAAGAAUGGGAAUAUUGCCCUAAAUCACUGAAAGAUAAAGUAUUGCUGCUAGCGCUUGAAUCGCGUUGCGAAGUGAUCAGAAAACGUGCCCGUCUACUAAAAGAAAUCGACAUUGACUGUUGACUUUUUCAUUCACAUGAUCUGUUACUACGAUAUCCACAAUGGUUAUACCUCGGAUUCCUAUCCUGCUUCACAAAGGCUUCGCAUGUUACUAAUUCGCAUAAAUAUUCUCAUUUCAAGAAAUCAC